UACUUCAUCUCACCUGUCAUCCUUCACUGGUGCCUCGCCGAUGUAUACCGAUAGCGCGGGUGGGGUUACCAUUCCAUUAUUAACCAUUAAAAAAAAAUUACUGUCAGUGUCAAAUUUUUAAUCGAUUCUUUCUUAAACUGUUGUUUUUAGGUUAUGUUUUUAUGGAAUGUAUUUUAUCACAAUUUUUAAAAAAUAAUACACAAAAUGACUAUAACACACCACGAUAAGGUUAGCGAUGGUGACGACGACCCUGUUGAAUCGAUGCUCAAGAGGACUGGUUGUUUGGAAUUACAUUAUAAAGUACAAGAAUGCAUAGCUACUACGAAGGACUGGAGGAAGUGUCAAUCGGAGGUGAAUGAUUUUAAAGACUGUAUUAAUAAGCACAAACAAUUAGAUGCGGCAAGAACUAAGACAUGAGCAAGCAGAAAUGUUGUGAUUGUGUUUCAUAGGAAAUAUUAGUGAUUUAUGAAUAAAUUGUUAUAAUAAUAUUAUUUUAUUUUUGAAAUAUAAUUGUUAAAUGAG